GCUCAGUUGUCUCUGUCCUUCCACCCUCACACACACACAUACACACACACGCACACACAAACACACACACAUUCCUGUCUGCUUCUGCACCCCAGAUUGUGUCCUAGCGGGUCCACAUUUCUCUGCCGGGUCCUUUAUCUUCCCCAGCAAGACUCAUUGAGCCUCUUGUGGCACCAGAAGUGCAGCAACCAUGACUGAAGCAUCCACCAACAUGCGUCUGAAGCUGCCCAUCGUGUGCUUCAUCCUGCAGAUCAUCCUCAUCAUCCUCUUCGGGGUGCUGGUCGAGUACGACUACGAGACGGACGCCAAGAAAUGGCACAACAAGAACCACACCGACUACGACAACGACUUCUACUACCGCUACCCAAGCUUCCAGGAUGUGCACGUGAUGAUAUUCAUCGGUUUUGGCUUCCUCAUGACUUUCCUGCAGCGCUACGGCUUCAGCAGUGUGGGCUUCAACUUUCUGACCGCUGCCUUUGCGCUGCAGUGGGCCACGCUCAUGCAGGGCUUCUUCCACGGCAUGCACGGCGGCAAGAUCCACAUCGGGGUGGAGAGCAUGAUCAAUGCUGAUUUCUGCACCGGCUCCGUCUUGAUCUCCUUUGGAGCAGUUCUGGGUAAAACCAGUCCAAUCCAGCUUUUGAUCAUGGCGCUGUUUGAGGUCACUCUGUUUGCUGUUAAUGAGUUCAUUCUGCUGUCUACUAUCGGGGCCAAGGAUGCUGGCGGUUCUAUGACCAUCCACACCUUUGGAGCUUACUUUGGCCUGGUGGUGGCUCGAGUCCUGUACCGUCCCAACCUGGACAAGAGCAAACACAGGAACAGCUCGGUGUACCACUCGGACCUCUUUGCUAUGAUUGGUACCAUCUUCCUGUGGAUGUUCUGGCCUAGCUUCAACUCGGCCAUCACCGCACACGGAGACGACCAGCACCGCACGGCCAUGAACACCUACUAUUCGCUGGCCGCCUGCACGCUAGCCACCUACGGCAUGUCCGCCCUCACGGCCCACGACGGCAAGCUGGACAUGGUCCACAUCCAAAAUGCUGCCCUGGCCGGUGGCGUCGCGGCGGGAACGGCUGGCGAAAUGAUGCUGACUCCGUUUGGCUCCAUGAUUGUUGGCUUCUUGGCUGGCAUCAUCUCAGUGCUGGGCUUCAAGUUCCUCUCGCCCAUUCUGGAGGAGAAGCUGAAGAUCCAAGACACCUGUGGGGUCCACAACCUCCACGGCUUGCCUGGCAUCCUGGGAGCCAUUGUGGGGGCGGUCACCUCUGCCCUGGCGACCUCGGACACUUACGGAGAAGGCAUGUCAGAUGUGUUCCCUGAUGUGGCGAGUGGAGACAUCGAGGCUUCCUUCCAAGGCCUCCGACAGGCCAUCUCCUUGGCGGUGACCCUGGGCAUCGCUCUGCUGGGUGGGCUCAUCGUCGGGUUCAUAAUGAAGUUGCCUGUCUUUGGUGCACCUCCUGACACCAUCUGCUAUGAGGACAGCAUCUACUGGGAGGUGCCCGGGGCCGAGGAGUCUCAUGAGGAACAGCUGACCACGGUCAUGUCGGCUGAGACCGAGAAACUCAACAGUUAGACACACACACACACACCUAGUACUUCAUAAAGUAGGUUUCACAGAUAUAUUCAUAUAUCUGCUGGUCCUGCCUGUCAAAAAAGGGACAUUUCCUGCAAAAAGACACAAGAACAGGCUUCCACCACUAGAGGGCGAUGUGCUGCAGGCCCGCCGAGCAAACAUAAUUCUUGAUGGAUGAAGGAUGGUCUCAUCUAUAAAAAGUCGCUCCCAUAUGGUUACACAGCUCAACUUCAGCAGCCAGCCCACACCAAAGACUCUUUUAGAAGCAGCACAUCCCGUCUGGAAAGUUACAUUUGUUCAAAUCAUUAUUUUUUUAAGCAUAGUAGGUUAGGGGUUUUGUGGUUAUUUCUCCCAUUAAACUGUAUGACUUAACAUUUGUUUUGGCCCUAAUUGUGUUAUAACAGCCUGUAUUCUGUGAGUAGAACAUAUUUUUAGGCUCAGUAAUGUAAAAUAAACAGUUUAAAUAUG